AUGAUCUGUCGAGCUAGAAACGUUGUCUUACUGGUUGUGCUGGCAUGGUGGUCUCAGAUCGAGGUGGUAUCCGGCCAGCUGACCGGUGUUAGUAAUGGUACUAGCUCUCUGGUGUUGUCUGACUCUUCGGGUUCGGCGAUCCUGUCGUUUUUGUCCUCUGCAAGCACUAGCGUGGCACCCACGUCGUUUACAUCGAUUUCGUCGUCGAAAUCAGCAUCGGAGUCAUCAUCCCCGUCGUCGUCAACGUCGCCUUCUAUUUCAUUAUCGUCAGUUUCGAGUGAUUCGGUGUCGAGCAGUGCCUCGUCUAGUAGCUCUUCAUUGAGCUCGGUCAGUUCUACGAGUGCUUCUUCCAGCUCUUCCAGUCCGUCCAGCUCGUCCAGCUCGUCGAGUUCUUCCACUUCUUCGCUGUCUUCUAGUUCUUCGUUGCUGCCCUCGUCGACCGCCAGCACUUCGACGACGACGGCGUCGUCGUCGCCUGCCGUGACAAGCGAAGCGACCGCUUCCGACGUCAGAGAGACUGUCACAAGCGUGAUCAGCGGAAAGACAGUGGUUUCUAACCUCUAUACCACCUAUACUUACACGGCAGACGCUGGACAGAAGAGCCAGACGUCUCAUGGACUCUCAAAGAAAAACAGGGACAUAGUGAUCGGGUGUGUGGUCGGUAUUGGUGUCCCGCUGAUAAUAAUCGCGUUGCUGCUCAUAUACUUCUUCUGCGUGCAGUCCAAAAAGACGGACUUCAUCGACUCGGACGGUAAGGUGGUCACGGCUUACCGGGCCAACAAACUGACCAAAUGGUGGUACGCAUUGCUGGGUAAAGACAUAAGCGAUAAAUACGAAUCGAAAUCGCCUCUUGGGAAUUCGAACUCACCGAUUUUGGAUGAAGAGGAAGAUGGCCGCUCUUUUCACGCACAAAAUGAUGACGGCAUCGUCGACUCUACGACUAAUAGUGGCGGAGGCGCCCACUCUAAUGAUUUGAUGUUGGAAGAAGACAAAUACUACGAUGAGGAUGGCAAUGAGCUGAAUGCAAGAAACUAUUGA